AUGGACCUCAGCUUCACCUUCCUCGCCACUCUAUUCAUCCUUCUCAUCAUCUCCUCCGCCAUCAUCCUCCGUUCCUUCAUCCUCCGCAGGCGCUUCCACAGACGCGUCGAAGAGGCCCUCCAGAAUGGCUUAUAUCUAGAACUCGACAACAACGUCGCCAGACCCACCUUGCGCGUGCUCGGAACCAAGCCUCGCUUCCAUGAAGUCCAGGUCAGCGAGCCGACCAACUUGAAGGACGACGAAAGCUCGGACUCAGGCCACGGAAAGAGUUAUUCAUCAGCCUCCAAAUUGGCGACCUUCCUGCCCCUAGCCGCAUCCCUCGUACCAUCGUCAAAACCAAAUCUCCCUCGCUCCCACUCUCAAUCGACAUCGACAUCGGCUCUAUCGUCGCCCACCCCGCCAAGUUCACGCUCCGUCUUCUCCCAGUUCCGUAGACGACGCGCGGCCCCCUCCGGCAGCGGCAGCACACCGCCUUCCGCCAACUCCCCGCCUCCGCCCGACGCGGAUGCACCCAGCUCGACGCUCGCCGUGUCCCUCCUCAUCGCCAUGCCCCAACCACACACCGAACUACACCACCACGAACACGAGCAUGCUUCAAACGAGGAUCCCGUGCCGAACGUCGAGAUCGGUGUCACGCACGUAGGCGCACGGCUUCCCGCCGACAACCUGAACGCGCCGUCGUGA